CACUGACUGAUAGUGGUCGAGCAAAAUACGCCGUUCGUUCAGCCGUUGCAUAGGCACCAGAGUACUGAGUAGCAGCUGCAGCUGCUGUUGGAGGUCGGAGGUUUUCCUCUUUCCACCGUCCAGUCGUCAGUGCCACAACGUCUGUCUAUAAUAAUAAUAACAAUCACAAUAUACGUCGUUCCUAUACAACAGACUGGAUAAAGUAUUGCUUCUGAUAUUGUGCUACUUAGUACUUUCGAAAGCAGCACUGGUGUUAGUGGAAGUGGUAGUCUAGCGGAAAAACAGCUGAAUACCGUAUACUGCUGUAUUUUGUAGUGCUGUUCCGUGUAGGUACUCGGUUAAAUCGAAUUGUCAUGGUAGUGUUUUAAUUUUAAUGAUUAUUUUUGUUCUUGACGGCGAUACACGGACAACGCACGUACGCACAUAGAGCGGUUGUUCUUGUUUUGUUUUUAUUUUUACCUUUACGCUAAUCGCCGUGGCUAGUACCUGAACGAUCAUAAUAGCUCAUUGUGUGGCCUGUCGAUUUCCAUUCGAAAAACAAAGUCAGUCAGAAAAUAAACAUGUCGAUUAAUUAAAACCUUUUUUUGAAAUCACCGCACCACUGUUAAUUUAUUAUGGACGAUCACAAUGACGACAGAAACGGAAUGAUAGCCGACUUUCAGGUAAAGUAUUUUCGUCGUCGAUGUUAAGUUUUCCGGAAUAAGGAUUAUUGUUAUUGGAAAGUCUUGUGGGAUUAUUAAUUUGUCUUUUUGUUUUCCAGGCCAUCACUGGUAUUGAUAAUGCCGGUGAAGCGCUGAUGCAUUUAUCCAAUUUUAAUUGGGAUUUAUUGGUAUUUACUAUUUAUUUUAAUAUUAACCAUUUAUAUUACAAUAUUAUUUUUUGCUCUACCUAAUACUUCUAUUAUUGUCUUUUCAGGCUGCCGUUCAUCAUGUCACACCACAACAUACUCAACAGUUACCAUCAGAAGGUCAUAGUACACAAUCAAAUAUACAAAACAUAUCACUCGCAGAAGAUUUCACCGAGCUUGUUGUGCCUCCGUCAACUUCAGAUGAAUCUCAACGUAUUUUAAAUAUUGAGUUUGAACAAAAUGGCCAUAUUAUCGCUACAUUAAGAGUAAACAACAAGGCAACUGUUGGUAAUUAUGUAUUAUUUAUUAGGUAGUUACACACAGUGUUAAAUUAAUAUUUUUAUGUAGACUAAUAUUUAAAUAUUAAAAGAAUUCUAAAUUGUUUUAUUUAUUUUGACACUCCAUACAAUUGAUAUAUCCUACCUUAUAUGUUUUAAACCAAAUUUUUUGUUGUAUAUUUCUUUUAUUUUUACUCAAUAUUACUUUUUGAUUGGAAUAAUUUAUCAUUACAUUUAGCAUAUAAUACCCUUUAUCCUACCUUUCCGACUUCCCACUUAUAACAGUAACCUAUCUAUGACUAAUAUUAGUUUUUUUUGUUUAUCUUUGAAUGUUUUAUUUCACACUUCAGGUAUAACUAUUACAAAUUAAUACUUAUUAAGUUUAUGUAACUAUAUUUUUACUAAUUGUAAUUUUGAAUCAAAAUAAAUUACUAAUAUUGUGAUUGUUAUUUUACAUUUAGAUGAUUUAAAAACCUUGAUCAUGGCUCAAUGUGGGAUUCCAUGUUGUCAACAAAUUUUAAGCGGAUGGCCUGACAAUAAAUACCCCCUUAAUAAUGAUACAUUUUCCAAAUUUAAUUUUCCAGAUCAUUUUAAACUGUAUCUUACUACUGGUCAUAUGACUUCAAAUCAAGAUCAGAAUGGAAGGUAUUAUUAUUAUUUUAAUUAUACUAUUUUAGCAUAACAUUUUAAUGUCUUACAUUUAUUCCAAAGGUCUAACCCCAGAAUAUUCACUCUAAAUAUUACAAUAGAAGCUACAAGUUUAACUAAAUAUGAAGUUUUAAAAUUGUCAUUUCCAUCUUAUCAGACUGUCGCAGAAGUAAAAGAUGUUAUUGCAAACAUGACAAAAUUACCUAUCAAUAAUCAACAAUGGUUAGGAUGGCCACAUUUUGUAACUUCAAGCACAACUUUGGAUGAAUCUCAUAUUAAUUUUCCAGUUCAUGAUUUUAAAUUAAAACCAUCAAAUUCAGUACUUAGACAUACUAGGAGAACAUAUAAUACUAGAUUAAAUGUAAGCAUAUUAUUUUAUUUAUUUGUUUAAAUAUGAAUUUAACUACACAGAUAAUUUAAGACAGAACCUCGACAGAUUUAUAAUUUCUGUACGAUUUUAAAAUGUUUUAAGAGUUCUACUUGUGGUUUUUUUUUACAAAUUGUUAAUUACAAAUUGUUAAUAACAAAUUAUUAGUAUUUAAAAUCAACGGUCCUUAGCUUAUGUAUGACUUGUUUUUUGGUUCAUAACAUACUUUAGAGGAAAAACCAGAGCUUGAAAAUAUUUUUAUAGUGUUAUAACAAAUAAAUUCGAGAAAUAUUCUAAAAAUUAAAUUAUGUUUUCAAGCCCUAAGAAAAACACCUGUGCCUUUCAAAAUGAUCUGAUGUAGAAUAUUUUUGUCUGUUAAAGAGCUUCUACGGAUGCAUUGAAUUAUGAUUAUGUAACCGUCCAAAUUCUAAUAAUAGCAUAUAGAAGUAUAAUUUUAAAAUAUAAGUCCAGUGCACUCUUUGAAAAGUAUUCUUCCAUCCAAUUAAAAAAAAAAAUUAAAAUCAGUUUAAUCUACAAAAUAUGAGCUUUACCUGAAAUGACAUUUUUGAGCAAAAAAAAAAAACUUCACGUUUUGGUCUCUUAAAUUUGGUUCAUAUUGUUAUUUUUAUUGAAAUAGUUUUUUUUGUAUUAUUUGUUCAAAAAAAAGUUAGUUAAUACUAAAAUGUGUAUCAUAAUCUAUCAUGAUUCUGUGUGAACAAAUUUAAUGAUUUUAUACAUUUUUAUUUUUAGAGCAUAUUUUAUAGUUUUAACAUGUUUAUUAUUUUUCUGGAUAGUCUGCUGUUGAUAUGGAAACAAGUGAUUCUCCAAUGCCUUCUUCUUCUACUUCAUCUUCUUCUGCAUCAUCAUCAUCUUCUGAUGAAGAUCCAUUUGAGGAUGCAGCAGAGUCACUAUCUGAUGAUGACGAUAAUGCUAUGUUCGUGGACACUGAGAUAACUACUCGAAUCCGUCCAUUAAGUAAGUCUGAUUAUAGACUAUUAAUGAAGUAUUACAUUUUAUACUUUUUAAUAUAGGCAAACUAUUGCACAAACAUCUAAACCAUAACUGUUUUUUUGAAUGUAUAGUUUUCUAAGUUAUUAUUGUUGUUUAAAACUAAAGUUUUGACAAUCUUUUAAAUGUCUCAAUUUAAUUAAUUUUUUAAGUUAUUCUGAUAUACAAUUUAUUUUAUCAUACAUAUUAAAUGUAUUUUAAAAUGAUUUAGUUUCUGAAGAUAUUGAUGGUGAACUUGCUGGUGCCAUUCAAUUCAUUGAAGAAUUUCAGAAUCGUUAUGGAGAUUUACGACCUGAAUUCUUUUUGGGGACACUUGAUCAAGCUAUCAAAAUUGCAUGUUUUAAACCAGCUAAAGAUGUUAGUAUAAUUUUUUAUUUGUAAAUAAAAAAAAAUGCUUACAUGAUCCUUCAUUUAUAGCAUACAAACCAAUAUGAAAAUUCUUUAUGGCUAAGAUUUAUUUUAUAUAUUAUAUAUUUAGUUUGUGUUACUUCAAGUUAUAAAGUCUAUUAUUGAAGCUAUUCAAGUGUAGUAAAAAUUCUUAGAACUUUAUCUCUAAAAUUUUUCUCAAGUAAAAAAUGGGGUAUAAUAAAUAUUUUAUGACUUGAAGUUACAUUAGAUUAAUUAUAUUUUAAUUGUUUUCUUUUUAUUUUAGAAACGUCUAUUAGCUCUAUACUUACAUCAUGAUCGCAGUGUGUUGUCAAAUGUGUUUUGCACACAGUUAUUAUGUUUUGAAUCAGUUGUACAAUAUCUGAAUGCAAAUUUUAUCGUAUGGGGAUGGGAUAUGACACAUGCAGCUAACAGAAAUAGGUAAAUGUUUAAACAUUUAAUGGUUAUUAUAUCAAUAUAAAAUAUUAUAUUUUUAGAUUAUUGCAAUCAGCUUCCCAGGCAUUGGGUACAAUGGCUGAAGUUACUUUAAGAGCUAUAGAUAUAAAUAGGCUACCUGCUCUAGUGUUGAUUACACGAAAUCGGUCAAACACAGAAAUAUUAUCAGUUAUAAAUGGUAAUAUUUCAUGCACAAAUAUAAUGUAUUUUAUUAUUACUAUGUAAACUAAAUGUAAAAUAUUACAGGAGAUUGUAAUAUAAGUGAAUUACUUUCAAGCCUUAUAAAUUCUCAAGAAAUGUUUUCUAUACAACAACAAGUAGAAAUAAAAGAAGAAGGAGAACGAAAUGUAAGAGAGAUGAUUAAAGUAGAACAAGAUGAAGCCUACCAACAGUCAUUGGCUAUUGAUCGGUAUAUAUUUUAAAUUAAUUAAUUUUAGUUCAGUUUAUUAUUUACAUUAAUAUAUAUUUUUUGUUUUUGAGUAUUAUCAAAUUAAUCAUUCUUAAUAAGAUUUAAAUAUAAUUAUCUAAACAAAUAUUACAGAGCCAAAGAAGAAGCAAGAAAAAUGCAAGAAAUGGAAGAUAUGGCCAUUCGAUCUCAAAUUGAAAAUCAAGAAAGACAGGCAGCUGCAGAAAAAGAGGUAUAGUAUGAUGUGUAAAUGUAUAAUCUUAAAUAACGUAAUUAACUAUUUGUACAGGCCACUCGACAACGUAUUGUAGCAUCUCUUCCAGCUGAACCAGAUCCUGGUGAUCAAGUAGCAAAAAUCAGAUUUAGACUUCCUUUGGGAAAAUUUUUAGAACGAAGAUUUCUUGCAUCAGAGAAUUUACAAGUAAAAUUAUAAAACUAUUUAAUUAUAAUUGAAAACUGUACAAAUAUUGGAUCUUUAAAAAUAUUUUUUUCUUUUCAUGUCAGGCAUCACACUGAUACUAUAAACUAGUAGACUAGACAAUUAAGCAUAACUAGGUUUACAAAUUAAAAUAUACAAGGAUAUAAAUAAAACACAAAAAUACAUUUAUGUUGUUUACUUAAAAAAGAAAAUAGCAAAUUUGAUUAUAACAUCUAAAAAUGUUCAACAAAUUGUUUUCUUAAGUGGUUCCAGUAGUCAGAUUUGAAUUCCCUAAUGAGUAUAAAAUGGAGUACUAAACUAUAGAUUCUAUUUAUCUGUCAUGAAAGUUAAACCAACAUACUUCAAUUUAAAACAUGAUAUAUUUAUGCUUUAGGUAUUAUUUGACUACCUAUAUGUGAAUGGCUUCAGUCAAGAUGAGUUCAAAGUAAUAUCUAGUUGGCCAAGAAGAGAUGUAAGUAAAAUUAUGGUUUUAUUUUUAUUUAUAUUAUACUUAUGUAUUGUCCUAUUAUGUUUAUAGUUAACGACAUUAGGUGUAACUCAAACAUUGAAAGAACUAAAUCUCUAUCCACAAGAAACAUUAAUUCUGGAAGAACGAUAAUUUUAUUGUAAAUGCACCAUUGUAUAAAUUUAUUUAUCACAAGCCUUCCUUUUUGUCUUCAAUUAAAUAGUUUACUGUUUUAUUAUAUUAAAAAUUAUAUUUCUAUGCUGUUAAGAUUUUCAUUUUCAAAUUUAAAUUAUCAAUUGUAUAAUAUAUUAAUUUAAAUUUGGUAAUGAAUUAAAAGAAGAGAAAAAUACAGACUAAAUUUCCAAGUCGAAAUAUUUCUAUAUUUAUUAAUCUACUAAAAAAACAGAAAAUGUAAAUAAGCUUUAUACAAAAUUAUAAUAUGAAUUCUUUUAAAUUUAAAUUGUUAUAAAAAACAUUUUAUAUUUGAAAUGAAAUAACAAAAUACUUUUAAAUAUCUUAUUAGUUUAUGUACGAAGAGAAGUUUUUAAUUUUUUUCUGCUAAUACUUGAUGGAGUGUCUGUUGUCCAUUAGAAAGCUUUUUUGAUUUUUUAUUUGGUUUUGUAUUAUGGGUUGGACUUGAUCUUUUUCUCAAAUUGUAAUUAUUUAUAUCUUCCAUGUUUAAUUGUUUUUCCAAUUGUUUAGCCAUCAGAAAAUCAUUUCUUUGUUGGUUAAUCAAUUUAUCCAACAAGGAAAUUUGAACAAUACAAAACUGACAAGCAGAUAAGUCAUUGUUUAAAACAUCUUGCAAUCUUCCACAAGUACAAUUCAUACUAUCUUCUAAUUUUGUAGUCAAAUUUGUAUUUGUAUUGGAACCUAUAAAAAAUGUAUUAUUAAAAAUUUCCAAAUUUUGGUUACAGUAUUGAUUACUUGUAGAUGUACUAGAAGUACUACAGCUACUUUUGUUUGAUGAACAGUUGGGGGAGCUGUUUUCUUUGUUUCUAUAUUGCACUUGAGCAUUGUUAUGAACUAAUUUGGCUAAAAAUAUAAGUUAUAAAUAUAAAUAUAACUUUAAAAUCUUAAGUUAUUUGAUAACUUACUAAACAUUUUAUCCAGAGGCCCUUUUUUCUGUUGUUUUUGCUGAAAAUCAUAUUAUGUUAACAAAAGAAGCAAAAGUACAUUAUUUAGUGUCCUAACAUUUUUUGUAUUACUCACUUUGUUAGAGAUUUUACUUUUUGAAUUUGAUUCGAUCUUCGUUAAUUUACUAAAUUUUAAUGAUACCUUGAUAAAUAAUAAAAUAUUAAAUAUUUUUUUUAACCUAAAACGUUACUCUUAAAUAUUACAUUUUGUAUUUCAUUGGCAAUCUGCUUAUCUGCUUCAUUCAAUAAUAUUUGUUCUUGUUGUAAUUCAUUGUUAAUCUGUGAAAAAAAUUAAUAUUAUUCACGUCAUAUUAUAAUAAACUCAAAUAGUCAGAUAACCAAAAAUAAAAAAAAAAUAUAACAAUUUAGAAAUGUUCAAAACAAACCAUAAGUAUGGUUCAUGCCAUUUAAUGUAUAAAUAAGAUAUGUGGUUCUUAUUUUGAGCGACUGGAAUUUAUUCUUAGAUGCCUCUUCAUUUUCUUUGAAAAUAAAAUAAAAAAUAUGAGCCCUAUGGUGUAACAAAGUAAAGUUUCCUAUUUAAAAUACAUUGGUUUUCUUUUAUUUAAAUAUAUUUGAAUAAAGAGCUGACAAGAAAAAUUUAUCUGGUAUAGAAAUAAUCAAAAAAUGAAUAUUUAUAUCAUCAGGCAUGCUGUCACUUUGUAUUUGUUAAUUAUUAAUUUUUAUCUUAGAGUACUAAAAUUUAGUCAAAUAUCCAGAAAAUUGAUAUGAUUUUUAAAGUAUUGCAAUUUUAAAAUUGUAUGAAUGUCAUACAUCAAAUACAUUGCAUAUUAACUAAAAAUAUAUAUUAAUCAAGAUAAAAAUAUAAAAAAGAGUGUCAUACCCACUUAUCUAUAAAUAACUUUAAUGCUAUUUUGGAAACCUAAACAAAUAUUUCUCAUUUUAUUGAUAUUAUUUGAUGGUUGGUGGUCAAUUGCUGUACAUAUUUUUUUUUUUAUAAUUUAUAGGCUAUCUUGUCGUGUUUACCACGUGAUUACAAUAUUAUGUAUAGUUUAUUGACUCCUUGAAGAUUAUCUCUACAUGCUAUACUCAAUAUAAUCUGCGUUUUCUAUUUAAUCUGUGAACUCUUGUAAAUCUUUUUUUUAUAUAAUAAUAUAUUAUCUAUUAUUUAUUUUGACAUCAAAACAACUUUUUAUCAACAUACAAAAUCAUAUAAAAUAGUCGUUUAUAAGAUUUUACAUGACUACAAGAUAAAAGCUACUCAUUUAUACUUUAAUAUACCUACAACCUAUAUACACAACUACAGCUCUAAUUUAUCAAUAGUCAGUUUUUUCUUCUAAUGUUUAUCGUAAACUAUAAAGGUACUUUGUGUUUAGCACAGCCACACUUCAUAUAACUAUGAAAAAUCAGCAUAAUUCAUGACUAUGUAUUAUUUCGAUAAGUAUACCAACUAAAUAUUACUAUAUAUGAUACAUUUUUUGCAGAUUUCUGAUAUAAAUAAAAUUCACAAAAAUGAUAAAAUCAAGCUAUAUACUUUACAGCAGUGGUUCCUAACUUUGUUGACAUUACUAAGCAGUCAGAACUUUCGAUAUGUCUGACCACCUUAAUUUUAUACCUUAUAUCUCUUAUAAACAAGAAUCAAUUAUUUUCACAUUUUUUAGAAUUUAGAUUAUGAUUAAAUAAAAUUUGUUAUAGGUUCUUCCUUAAAAUAAAGUUUAUAAUUAAUCAAUUUUAAGUAAAGUUUAAAAUUAUCAACAAUUUAACACAAAUUACUAUUAUAAAACAAACAUUUCAAUGCAGUUUAUGGGUUUGUAUUUCCUUUAAACAAAGAUAUUCUCAAGGGAAUACUGCUCAAGUUACAUGCAUGUCUUUAGUGGCAUCCAACCGGUUUAUUUGUUUAAUUUUAACAUAGAGUAGUCUAGAAAAUCCUUGUUUGCACAAAUAAUUUGUUGAAAAUCUCACUAAAUAUCCCUAUGUGAUUUCCCAAUGCAUAGAAUACACAAUUACUUUUAAACCAAAAUUCUUCUAUAUGCAUGUAAGAUUCAAACGUAUCCUUACAGUUUUGGUCGUCUUGUAAUCUUCCUGGUUAUUAUUAGGUACAUAAACAAUAAGAUGGUUUUGGGUCAUACUUCGGAUACCUAUUGUUUUGAACUAUUAAAUUCAGGGGAAUACCGAUAAAAUUAAUCUAUAAGCUUAAAGUUUUAAAGUUUACUGUAUACAAUUUACGGUAUUUGUCACAUCCCAAAGAAAAAAUGAAAUAUUUUUAAAUUUUCUAGAUAUUAGUCGUGUACCACCGCACAAUGUCUUGUAGACCACCAGUUGGGAACCAUGUUAGGAAUAUCUGCUUUACAGUCACAUAUUUUAAAUGGGAAACUUAACCUUAUUACAGAAGAACAAAAGAAAUGUCAUGGGAAGCAUAAAUAGGGCACACACAUAUUUUAAAACAACUUUGGUUGUUUUAAAAUAUGUUUAGAACAGUAAGGAAAUUGUAAAUUUAAAUCAAAUUAAUUAUUUACCCAUAUAUUUUAAAUGGGAUGACCAUGAUAAGGGUUUGUUUUGAAUUUUCCAUAAUAAUAAUAAUAAUUUUUUUUUAUAUCUAACUAUUUGAGUAAAUAACUCUUACUUGUUCUUGAAUAGUCAAUGCAAAUUGUGAAUCAUUUUGCGUUCGGUCAGCAAUUUCUUUAUCAGCUUCUUCUUCUUCUUGCUUUUAUUGAAGGUUAAAAUUAAUUCAUAAUAAAAUUAUAAAUUGUUUAUAUAAGGUAUUCUACAGUGUUUUUUGAAUGUUAUAUAACUUAAAAUUUAUUUUUGAAUUUUGCAAAAUAGCCAUUUUGUUAAAAAUAUUAUUCUAAAAAUUUUAAUAUACCAUAUAUUCAUAUCUGAUCAAUAGUUUUUAAGUAACAGCAGUUUUAAUUUUUAGAAAUGUGUUAAGAAAAAAAAAAUGUUAAUAGAAUAACAUGUUACGCGAUUAGGAAUCACAAUCAGCGAGAUAAUUCCUUAUAUUUAAUUGAAAAUGUAUUGUUUUCGUGCCAAUUUUAUAAAAUGACUAUUUUGGACAUUUUGAUAAGUAAAAAUAUUAAGUUAUUUUUUUCAGUGUAUAAAGGAUGAAUAAAAAUAAUAUUUUUCCCUACAUAUGUGUCCAACUGAAUCAAAAUCCGAUUGAAAAAAAAAAGUUUAUAUAACAUUCAAAUAAUACUGUAGGAGACCUUGUAUAGUAGAAUAUAUCAGUUUGGCUUAAUUUACCUGUAGCUGUUUAGCAAGUUCUAUAUUUUGUAAUUCAAUUUCUUCAGUAUUUUUUAAAAUGUUCAUCCUCAUAGCAUCAAAUUCUUUUUUUAGCUCUCCUUCUUUAUUUAAAACACGCGUGAAUCCUUGGCUAACAAUUCCUAAACAUGUACAAAUUUACUU